AUGGAAGCUACUAUAAACUUCCGGGGACCGGAGAAAUCCAAAGAAAUGCCCAUAGCAAUGAGAAACUACGACAAGAGUCUACAGGGAAGUGGAAAGCACGACAUCGAGGAGGGUUUGACCUCCGAGCUGAUAUCCGCUGGCUCAGAGAACCUUCAACGAAAAGGAAGGAAAUUCAGCUUCUCGCAGUUGGCGGUGCCAUCGGAACGUAUGGGCGCGAGCCUUCUAAGGGGUGGUCCAGCUGGUCUCUUCCUUGCGUUUGUCGUCUAUGGAAGUGUGAUAUGGUGUGUCAAUCAAUGUUUGGCAGCUGAAAUGGUCACUUAUCUCCCGAUCGCUUCCCCGUUUAUUCGCCUGAGCGGAUUCUGGGUCAAUGAUGCUUGGGGCUUUGCAAUGGGAUGGAUCUAUUUCUUCCUCAUGCUUUCGCUAUUCCGUACGAAAUCACAGCAAUCAACGUCCUUCUAA